AUGCCCUCGAGCUCAGGGGACGCCCCGCUAGGAGGGUUUGCGGAGGAGAAGGGCAACCUCGAAAGAGGCUCCGACAGUAACCACAUAUUACACGCCGAAAUUGAUCCCAAGCACGACAACGGGAAUGUUGUAGACGAGGAGGAAAGGCGGCGCCUAGACGCUUCGGCAAAGCUGGAUCACCCCCUCGCCAGCCUCACCCCUGAACAGCUGACCCACAGGGGCGAGGAGCGGUGCGUUAAGCAUGGCCUCACUGAUGGAGAGGACAUUCGGGCUUUCCGACUCGGUGCCAUGAUCGCAGGAAAUAUGAGUAAAUACGAUGUUAUCGAUGGACUCUCGGAUCAUGAGAGAGCGGUACUCGACAGAGAGAUCACGCACAGAUGGUCGAACACCCCGAUGCUUUACGCUGUCAUCGUCAUCUGCUCCCUCUGCGCUGCUGUUCAGGGCAUGGGUGAGACCGUCGUGAAUGGUGCCCAGUCCUUCUACAAGGUGGAGUUCGGCAUCGGUAACGCUGAGUCUCAGAGAGAUUCAUGGCUUCUCGACCUCGUCAACGCCGCUCCGUACAUCCGCUGUGCUUUCGCCAGGUGUUGGCUCGCCGAGCCGAUGAACAAAGCCCUUGGCCGACGCGGAACUAUAUUCAUUUCCUGCGUUAUAUCAGCUUUAGCUUGUUUCUGUCAAGCCCUCACAAACAUUUGGCGGCAUAUGUUCAUCGCGCGUUUCGCUCUCGGGUUUGGCAUCGACCCUAAGUCGGCUACCACUCCUAUCUUUGCUGCCGAGUGUUCCUCACCGAAACUCUGUGGAGCAUUGGUUAUGCAGUGGCAGAUGUGGACAGCUUUUGGUAUUAUGGUAGGUUAUGCCAUGGAUCUGACCUUCUUCGAGGUCCCUGACCUGUCCGGAAUUGUUGGUCUCAGAUGGCGUUUGAUGAUGGGAUCCGCCUUAAUACCAGCCGUCUUCGUUUGCGCUACGUCACCUCGAUGGUGUCUUACCAAAAAUCGGCAUCAAGACGCCUAUAAGGCCAUCACCCGACUCCGCUUCGAAAAGACCCAAGCCGCCUGCGACCUUUUUUACAUGGAUACUCUUCUCCAGAUUGACAAAGAGGCCGUGAAACUGGGCCAGAACGGGAUUAAAGAAUUCCUCACCAUCUGCCGGAACCGCAAUGCUAUGCUGGCCUCAGAGAUCGUCAUGUUCAUGCAGCAGUUCUGUGGUGUCAACGCGAUUGCGUAUUACUCGACCGAAAUUUUCCUCGACAGUGGAAUAUCCAUGAAAUCGGCGUUGGCUGCGUCGCUCGGGUUCGGCAUUGUCAACUUCUUGUUCGCCCUCCCCGCAUUCUAUACCAUUGAUACAUUCGGCCGACGAAAUCUGCUGCUUACUACUUUCUCCCUUAUGUCACUCUUCUUAUUCUUCACGGGCUUUAGUUUCUGGAUCCCCCAGUCAAGCACUGCUCACAUUGGCUGUAUCACGCUGGCCUACCCGCUAUACAUCCGUCCCAUCGGCAUGUCGCUAGCGACGGCAACGACCUGGCUCUUUAACUCGGUGAUCUCGCUUACCUGGCCGGCUACGACCCAAGCCUGGACACCUCAGGCGCUGCUGUUCGUGCCCGAGACUAAAGAGAAGACGCUCGAGGAGCUUGACGCCGUCUUCGACGUCCCGCUCAACAGUAUAGUUUGCUACGGUGUCGAUCAAUUUUUCUACUUCUGGGGCCAUUAUAUCCUAAGGCUGGUACACAAAUAG